AUGGUUUUCCCGGGCUAUGAGCUGUGUCCUGUGCUCUUGGCUCACGAGUUCGGGCGAGAUUCCCACUUGCUCUCCAGAGACCAGGAACUGGAAUUUCGAGGGCUUCCCCCGCGGUCCAGCGUGUGCACGCUGUACGCCGGUCUAGGCGGUAGACACUUCCUGGUCGUGCGUCACGUGGUAGCCCGCUGGCUCAUCAGGCGACUGAGCUCCUCUGACAGGGCAUCCAUCCUGACCAUCCUCCAGGUGCUCGGAGACCUGCUGUCUGUGGGCACAGAUAGGAGGAUCCGCUACAUGAUCAGCAAGGGGGGCAGCGAAGCCCUUCUGCAGACCCUGGUGAACACAGCAAGGACUGCGUCCCCCGACUAUGACAUCCUCCUGCCCCUCUUCCGACUGCUGGCCAAAGUCGGCCUGCGAGAUAGAAAGUUUGGGCAGAAGGCACUGGAGUUGGAAGCACUGGAUGUGACAUUGAUCCUGGCCAGGAAAAACCUGUCCCGCAGCCAGAACCUCCUGCACUGUCUCUGGGCUCUGCGUGUGUUUGCUUCUAGUGUCACCACGGGAGCCAUGCUGGGGAUUAACGGGGCAAUGGAGCUGCUUUUCAAGGUCAUCGCCCCUUACACCAGGAAGCGUACCCGAAUCAUCAGGGCAGCCACUGAAGUCCUGGCAGCAUUGCUGAAAUCCAAGUCCAACGGCCGCCGGGCGGUGAACAGAGGCUACGUCACCAGCCUGCUCAGGCUGCAUCAGGAUUGGCACAGCCACGACGCGGCCAACACCUACGUGCCGAUCCGCCGGGCGCUCCUGCUCUGCCUCAAGCACAUCGCCGCCCUCCGGUCUGGCAGGGAGGCCUUCCUGGCAGCCCAGGGCAUGGAGAUCCUCUUCAGCAGCACGCAGAACCGCCUGGACGACCCGGGCUCGGAGCCCGUCACCUGCGUCGUGCUGCAGGUCCUGAGGCAGUGCUCCCCCAGGAGCCCCCUUCCCCUGGCUGCGCCCGGCAGCGCCUAUGCCUUCCCGGCCGCCGGCAACACCCCCUCCAGCCCUCCGCCUGCUCUGGCUGAAGAGGACUUGGAAGACGACGGUGAUGAAGGAGAGGACAAAGACUCCGAUUCCGAAGAUGCGAAAGAGGAAGACGACGACUUGGAAACAGAUGUGAACAAGCUGACUUCCAAACCUGGACUUGACCGGCCCACAGAGGAGCUGACCCAGUACGAGGCGAUGUGUCUGGAGCUCUCCUGCCGCUUUGAGGAACUGGAGCCCAAACCUGGAGAUGAGCUGAGCGCUGAAAAGACCGAGUACGCCAACCACCACCACAUUCCGACCACUGCCCCCGGGAAGCAGCAGCGUUGCUCGAAUAAGGACCAAAGCUCCCGGGGGCAGGGACGAGAAGACGCAGUCCAGACGCCCCUCCUGAGCAUGGUGAAGAGGCAGCGGCCCCCCGUGCAUCUAGCCUCCCAAACGGGACCUGGAGGGAACCUGUACGAAAAGGCCCCAUCCAAUGGGCUGGGGACGGAUUCUUCCGGAAAUGAAAUUGUGGACAUUCAGGCCCUCUUCCAAGAGGGUGCCUGGGACAUAGAUGCGACUUCCUGCCCGAGGACAAGUGCCUCCGUUUCCAAUCCCACCAGGUCCAGAGAUCCUGUGGAAGUGAUGGAUGAGCUUCUGCAGAUGCACCCCCAGCACAUCCCCUUCCACGACCCCUGUGUUUACAUGGCCAAAGCCCGAAGAACCCGGUCCGUGGCUGACUUCAAGACGGCAGCAUUUCCUGACCUCUGGGGCCAUCGUCCCCCGCCGUCUCCGGAGCCCCUGUUGGAGCGCAAACGUGGAAUCCAAAGGAUCAAGAUACUGGAGGAUAUCCGGAGGCUCAUCCAGCCCAGCGAUGUUUUGAACAGAGUUGUCUUCAGUUUAGACGAGCCUGGGCAGGACACUGCUUCCGGCUGCUUACGGUUCUCCUCCAGGUUCGAGUCAGGGAACCUUCGCAAGGCCAUCCAAGUGCGUGAGUUCGAGUACGACUUGUUGGUCAACACUGAUGUGAACAGCACGCAGUACCAGCAGUGGUUCAACUUCCAGGUGAGCGGCAUGCGGGCCGCCGUCCCUUACCGCUUCAACAUCAUCAACUGCGAGAAGCCCAACAGCCAGUUCAAUUACGGGAUGCAGCCAACUAUGUAUUCUGUGAAGGAGGCUCUACUUGGCAGACCCACCUGGAAACGGACGGGCUAUGAAAUCUGUUAUUACAAGAAUCAUUACCGCGAGAGCGCAGCCGUCACGGGGGGAGCGCCUAGGAAGUGUUUUUAUACCCUCACCUUUGCCGUCACCUUCCCGCACAACGAGGACGUCUGCUACCUGGCCUACCACUACCCCUACACCUACACCGCCCUCAUGGCUCACCUUGACAUCCUGGAAAAAAGCGUCGACCCCGACAAGGUCUACUUCCGGCAGGAGGUUCUGUGCCAGACGCUGGGGGGGAAUCCGUGUCCGCUGGUGACCGUCACAGCCGUGCCCGAGUCCGCCAGCGAGGACCACCUAGAGCAGUUCCGGCAGCGUCCGUACCAGGUGAUCACCGCCCGCGUUCACCCAGGCGAAAGCAAUUCCAGCUGGGUGAUGAAGGGGGCCUUGGAGUUCCUGGUCAGCAGUGACCCUGUGGCCAGGCUUUUGAGGGAAAGCUUCAUUUUCAAGAUCAUCCCCAUGCUCAACCCGGACGGUGUCAUCAAUGGCAAGUAUGUCGGCUACCUGCCCGAUCGAACUGCACUUACGUUGCCAUAG